CAGCACAGCUUCCUCUCCCCUGGCCUGCAAAGCCGAGCACAGAAGGACAGACGGACAGAGCCCCCGGAAAUGUCACUCCUUAGAUGCAGAUUCCAGGCCCUGCCCUCCCUCUGCUUCUGCGUUCUUGUCCUGGCCUGUAUUGUGGGCUGGGCUCACAUCUGUAAUCCUAGCACUCUAGGAAGCCAAGCAUGCCAGCUGCAAAUGCCUCCAGGAACCCAAAGCCCCCCACCAGAGCCAAAGAGUCACUGGAGCCAGGUACAAAGUAGGGUGAAGGAGCUGAUGGAGCCACUGUUGACCAAGACCAGAGAGAGGUGGCAGUGGCUCUGGAGCCCUGGGCCGUUCCAGGGCUUUCUGCAGACCUACUACCAUGACCACCUGAAGGACCUGGGUCCUCGCACCAAGGCCUGGCUCCGCAGCUCCAAGGAUAGCCUCCUGAACAAAACCCAAAGCCUGUGUCCCAGGCUUCUCUGUGGGGACAAGGAUCAGGAUUAAAAUGUUCAUACGCACCAGGCUACCUGGGAGGCUGAGGCAGGGGGAUUGCUUGAUCCCAGCAGUGCAAGCUCAGCCUGAGCAACAUAGCAAGACCUCAUCUAAAAAAACAGUUCUUAUUUAUACCUCUCCCAACACCCAUAAUAAAGAAAUUCUUACCUGCG